CCGAGUUGCAGUUUAGAUCAUGUCCAAGAAAGAUAAUCACAAAGUUCACCCGACGCCUGAUUGGCUCACCUCGGACUAUCUCCAGGAGAAACUGGGCAUCUACUUGAAAAAUAGUUCCCUGAAGCUGGAGAAACUGCACGCCAAGCCAGCCAUUGCCAACGGAGAAAACUAUACUAGUGUGAUAAUCCGCAUCAAUGUGGAAUACACCACGAAGGAGACCAAGGAUAAGCAAGCCCUAACAUUUCUAGUCAAGAACACAUUCGCGGACCGCGAACCUGCUGGCGAUGUGCUUAUCAAUUAUGGUGUCUACACUCGAGAAAUGGAUGUAUACGAGAACAUCUUGCCUCAACUGGCGUAUAUACUUAGAAAUGAGCUGAAGGAUCCAAGAAAGUUUUUUGCAGCCACCAUAAAUGUGGAUCGGGAGCGAGAUUCGAUUAUUUUUGAGGACAUGUCGUUGGAUCAUUACAAGGUUGUCUGUCGCCGCACAAAAGUGGACCUGGAGCAUACACAUCUGUUGCUGGAAAAGCUAGCCAGUUUUCAUGCAGCUGCAUCAGUUCUUGCUGAACGUCGUCCGGGGAUCUAUGCGAAGAACUAUGAUCGCGGAUUUUUCAACAAAUACACUCGUGCCUACGGACCAAUCAUGAUCAAUCUUCUGGAGGCUCUUUCCCGCUCUCUUAGCUCCGAUCAGGAGUUGGGACCGCGUUACAAGGCCAAAAUAGAUCGGCUUGUUGAACGGCUAAUGGAUUAUGGCGAGAAAUCAACGACGAAUAAUCCCGGUGACUUUUUAACCCUAACUCAUGGAGAUCUGUGGACCACCAACUUUAUGUUUAAAUACGACGAAAAAGAUCAUCCUAUAAAUGCGAUAUUCAUCGACUUUCAGUUCUGCCUUUGGAAUUCCCCGGCCAUUGAUCUGCACUACUUCUUCGCCACCUCGCUGCAGGAUCAUCUUCGUUUCGACCAUCAGACGGAAUUGGUUCAGUUUUAUUACUAUAAGUUAGUGGACGCCUUGAAGAAAUUGAAAUAUUCUGGUCGGAUACCCAGCCUGUUCGAUUUCCAACUGCAGUUCCGCUCGAGAGGAUUUUAUGCUGUCUUCUGUUCUCUGCUUUUUGAGCCAGUCAUGCAGUACGAGGGCAAAGAGCAUGCAUCUAUUGAGCAGAUCCUUUCCGAUUCCGAGAGUGGUAUGCGAUUCAAGGACUCUGUUUAUGAGUCAGAAGCCGUUAAAAAGAAACUUAGUAUAACACUACGUUUUCUGGAUCAGUUCGGAUUGCUAGAUGAUAUGUGAUAAAAAUGUGAAUAGUUAAAGCAAAUAAAACUGUUAGUUCUAGUGCAAAGUAUUUAAACAAA